AUGCUGCGUGGGUUGACAGUAUCGGUGGUGGUCGACGAGACCACGGGCGACAGAUCCAAAUCUGUCGUGAACGUUCUUUUUGUGAAGCAGCCAGAGUGUGUAAACGACCGACUGAAACCAAUACUUGUUGAGGUAAAGUACGUCGAUGAAGUGAACGCUGCAGCUAUCGGGCGUAUCGUCAUAAAGACGUUAACGACUUACGGCGUUGAGUACGAUCACGUCACGGCACUUGUGAGUGACAACGCGGCCUACAUGACGAAGGCAUUCAGGGAACACAUCGGACCCCUUUGUGAAAACUCCGUGCACGUCACUUGCGUUGCACAUACUGUGAAUCUUGUCGGCAGCACAAUGCAGGAGUACUUUGAGCUCGUAGAUAAGUUGGUCGCCUGCAUGAAAAAAGCGUUCCGACUGUCAAGCGGUAAGAGAUCUUUAUUUAAAGAGCAUCUCGAACAGUGUGGCGUGCAAGACGCAAAAACCCCUCCGGCACCCGUUAAGACUCGGUGGAAUUCGUGGAUCAACGCUGUACUUGUGCAUUCCAGUCACUUCGAGCAUUACCCUUCCCUCCUAAAAAGGGUGCAAGAGCGCUACAGAGACGCCGCAGAAGUGGGCUCCCUACUGAAACUGCUAGAUAGAAAUUUUGUAGAACUCAAAUAUACUAUGCGCUGCAUUGCAGUUUUCGGUCGUAAGAUUGCUGCUCUACUGGAAGCUCCAGAGGGACAGCGAGUGGCAUGCCACAAGGCCUACGACGCACUGUUCACCCUGUGGGGAUAUCUCAAAGCUGCAGCCCAAGAGGACUUUGAACGUCUGCUCUUACGUGAGGAUGUUUCGAAACGCGAAGCGUCUGAAAUUUCCCGAAAGUUGAAAACUGGCAUGGGCAAAGCUGCCGAGAAGGCAGAAGCAUACUUGGAAAAGUCAAAGCCCUGGAAAUUUUUCAAGAGCAUCAGAUGUCUGGAUCCUCUGCAGAUCAAGUUCCUCAGUCAGAACAGAGAGGAGUACAGCAACAUCCCAGGGCUUGCAGAUCAUUCAUCAUCUCUGAGUGCAGAAUGGCAGUUAUACCUGAAGACAGCUAGUGAUCUCAAGGCCAGUGACAGGCCACUUUCAACAUUCUUGUCAAAGGAGGGGGACUGCACCACAGACUUUGAUGUCUUAGGCUUCUGGGUUGGCAUGAAGGCACUAACACCUAUCUUGUCAUGCAUUGCCCUGCGGUACCUUUCUGUACCCAUAAAUUCUGUGGAUGCAGAAAGAUCAUUUAGUCAAUACAGUGACAUUGUGUCAAAAAAGAGGCAUGGGCUAACCGAGGAAUGCACAAAGCACUUACUAGUACUCAGGCACAACAGUUCUCUUUGUUGCUAA